ACUUCAGCGGAGCCGAGGCUGAAAGCAGCCCCGUCUUUGUGUUUUUGUUGCCUCUCACCGGUCCUUCAGACCAUAAGAUUAUUUCUUUCCAACUUCAGCUACAGUGAUAGCUAAGUUUGGAAAGGAGAAAAGGGGGAGAAACGACGCAUAUUCUUUUUUUUUGUUUAUUAUCCUGCCAAUUGCAGAUACAGCUCGGCUUGAUCUCCCUUCCAAUACAAAAGAGGAGCUAUUAUCGAGGAAAAAAAACGAAAUAUAAAAAAAAAAAACCUUGCAAUUUCUUACAAUACUGACAACCUCAAAAUGGACAAUUCUGAACCGAAGAAGACAUGCUGCGAAAACAUCAGAAAUUUCUUCACUUCAGCUAAAUUCCUUAUUUACAUGGGACAUGCUCUAUCAACAUGGGGUGACCGGAUGUGGAACUUUGCUGUGGCGGUGUUUCUGGUGGAGCUGUAUGGGAACAGCCUGCUGCUCACGGCUGUGUAUGGGCUGGUGGUGGCCGGCUCUGUGCUCCUGCUGGGGGCCAUCAUUGGGGACUGGGUGGAUAAAAACCCCAGACUUAAAGUGGCCCAGACUUCGCUGCUCGUCCAGAACUGUUGCGUCAUCGUGUGCGGGGUCCUCCUGAUGCUUGUUUUCCAUUUCAAAGGACAGCUUGUGGAGCUCUACAAUGGAUGGAUUCUGACAACCUGCUAUAUUCUGGUCAUCACCAUCGCCAACAUCGCCAACCUGGCCAGCACAGCGACGGCCAUCACCAUCCAGAGGGACUGGGUGGUGGUCGUAGCCGGUCAGGACAGCAGCAAGCUGGCAGACAUGAAUGCCACAGUGCGGAUUAUCGAUCAGCUGACCAACAUCCUGGCACCCAUGUUGGUGGGCCAGAUAAUGUCUUUUGGCUCUCAUUUCAUCGGCUGCGGCUUCAUUUCUGGCUGGAACCUGUGCUCCAUGUGUGUGGAGUACAUGUUGCUGUGGAAGGUCUACCAGAAGACACCAGCGCUGGCCGUGAAAGGAGGACAAAAGGAGCCGCAGCAGGAGCUCAAACAGCUCAGUCCCACAAAAGAAUUGGAGAAUGGGCAGAGUCCUGAAGAGUCGUCUCAGCCGCUGAUGAAUGAAACCUCAGGGGCGACCAGCCCCGACUCUUCCAAGCAGCAAGGCUGCUGCUUCCCCGUGGCUGAGCCCUUUCGCACCUUCAAAGCUGGCUGGGUGGCCUACUACAACCAGAAUAUCUUCUUUGCUGGUAUGUCCCUGGCCUUCCUCUACAUGACGGUGCUGGGCUUCGACUGCAUCACCACGGGCUACGCCUACACGCAAGGCCUCAACGGCUCCGUGCUCAGCCUGCUGAUGGGGGCCUCGGCCAUCGCGGGAAUCUGCGGCACCGUCGCCUUCACUUGGGUCCGCAAAAAGUGCGGCCUGAUCCGCACGGGCUUUAUUUCUGGAGUGGCCCAGUUCGCCUGCCUCAUUCUCUGUGUUGUCUCUGUCUUCGCCCCCGGGAGCCCCUUGGACCUCAGUGUCUCGCCCUUCCAGGAUCUUUACAGCCACCUCACCGGAGAGACGCCUCUGCCAGAGGUCGACCACAGCUUCACCAGCGUGAACGUCACCACGGUCGCCCCGGCCGAAGAGCUGCCACCUCUGCAGUCCUACAUGUCUGUUAGCCUGCUGUUCGCCGGCGUCAUUGCUGCUAGAGUUGGCCUGUGGUCUUUCGACCUGACAGUGACCCAGCUCAUCCAGGAGAAUGUGAUCGAGUCGGAGCGAGGUGUAAUCAACGGCGUCCAGAACUCCAUGAAUUACCUCUUAGACCUGCUGCACUUCAUCAUGGUGAUUCUGGCCCCGAACCCAGAGGCCUUUGGCCUGCUGGUCAUCAUCUCUGUCUCUUUUGUGGCCAUGGGCCACACGAUGUACUUCUGGUUUGCCUUCAAGAGCCUGGGCAGCCGCCUCUUCCUCUGCUGCCAGCCAGAGCAGAAGGUGGAGACGGUUGACAGCCCCUCACUUCCUACCACCGUCUAACCCCGUUAAGGAGACUCUGUCCUGGGUACAUACUUUGCAAGCUUUACCCAACUCUGCAUCUUAUCUGUCUCACUAACAUCAUUGCUUGUAGCCGUCAGAACGCUAAUACUAACAGGAAUAUGGUAACUGAACCUGCUGUUCGUAGUUUUUAACAUUCAUGUUUAGCCGAGGAAGAAUAGUAAACAGCACACAGUCACAGAAAUCUAACCUGCAGUGUAACUUUAGGUAAGGCAAUGUUCUUGUAGCGUUACAGUCGGGGAGUCAGCAGAGCUCCUGCCUCUUAUCUCCAUAACACAUACAUGUAGUGUCAGACAGCGAUCCAUCUCUUGGUUUGUCACUCCGUAUUGGGUCCUAUUACAGAUAUCAGGGGAUACGGCACAGUGGAAUAUUCUCCCGUUGGCCUGCAUUUAGCUGUCAAGAUUUUCAAAAGGUGCUCCAGCUAGUGACCAGGCAGGGAGAAGUCCUUCAGGGAAGCAGGCGCCGAGGCUUGAUCUCAAAGUGAAGAUGGCGAGAACAGAUCCAACAUUUUGGGACUUGCCUCAUUCAUUGGUGCUGUGUCUCCUCACCAUUCUAUGAUAGGCCUCUUUUGGUUGAGGAGGAGAGGGUGCUUUUUUUUAUUAUUUAACCAAACACAAGACGGGGAUCUAGUCUCUUUAAUGAUGGUUAUAAGGGUUACGCAUUUUAUUGUAUUUAUUCAAGAAAUGCAGACGGUGGUUUCCUUUUUGAAUAUCUCAUCAGUAUUGUGUUUCUUGCUGUUGUACCAUAUGAAACAAGUGAGAACUCUUAUGCACCGUAAUAACAACUCUCAGUUACCAAAGUUCAUAUGCUUAUGGUUUAAAAGGAAGUGAGGGAAACCAGUUAUUUGUUUUAAGCAUUCCAAAUAGAUAUUUACAUCUGGUGACAGUAGCACAACCUUAGUGUAUCUUAAGAUUACCUAACCCACUUGGAGAUUGUACUUAAUUUUAGCCUUUCUGGUAGUUUACAUGAAUAGAUAGUGGUGUAAUCUUUUUGAUUUUACCUGUGCGAGUUCUUUAGAGUGAUUUUUUUUUCUUUUUCUGUUGUGAUUGUUAUUACUCAGGCACUUUAAGUGAUUGACAUUUGUCAUUACACACAGCAAACGCAUGAUCAGGCAUGAGUUCAGCAUGCUUUGCACAAAGCUCAAGUCCUCUUGCCCGUGAGUCUCACCCCCACUCCACGAUCUCACUUCAGUCAUGCACUGUCUGAGAGGAUUGUGGUUUAAAAAAAAAAAAUCAAAAAGGCACAUAACUGCAACGCUAAGCACCAUGCGUUCCCCAGUGUACUUUAAAAGAUGUCCUUAGUUUACCAUAGACAACCCAUUUCCUUAAAAUGUUAUCCAGAGGUCUUAGUCAGUAAACCGUACCAAAUAUUUCACUGCUUCUUCUUACUGCUAACAAGCCACUGAACAUAAAUUCAGCCAGGGUUUUUGUUCUUGUUGCUGUGAGCUUCAACAGAUGCAGCCUUUUAGUCAAGUCAAGGUCCAGCACUUUGUGCUGAACACCCAGCUUCGUUGGCCUAAUGUUGUGUUAAAAUAGUACCUCUUUUGCAUUCCACCUUUCAUUUGAAGUGAGUAUUAGAUCAAACAUUGCAGGUUAAACUGUCUUGAAGUUUAAUAUCACAGACUUUUACUGGAAAACAGGAAAUGGCUAAUUCAUCAAAGUGGACGAAUAAGUUGCCAUAAGAUACUUGUCGCAUCAAAGUAAGACAUACCAGUAAAACCCAAAGAUCGUGGUCUGAGUAAAAAUUUUUUCCCCUUAGCACGUUUUGUGUGUGAUUGUCCACGGGUGCUUAAAUGUAGCUUAAUCUAUUUUAUUCGUCCUUUUGAUAGUAAUUUCUAAAGCCUUUUUAAAAACUCGUCUUUAUGGAUGUUUAACGCACAUAUGUCUAAAGGCGUGAAGACAGUCACUAGUAGCUGCACAUCUCAGAAGGAAAAAGCUAGCCAGUCGGGCCAAGCUCUCAGUCUCGGUGGUCAGAAAUAUUUGGUGUGGAAACAGAAAAAAACACACCAGAUGUUGGAGAACAGAAGGCCACUCUGUGGCAAUGUUGUGGAGGAGACGGCCGGAGUCUGUGUCUGCAGGUGUGCUUCAAGGUUGCAGACACACUUGGAAGAAAGUUGAAUUUUCAAUUCCAGCCUAUAUUUAAUGUAACCUUGAAGUCAGUGUGUGCAUGAAACAAAAACCAGCUCAGAGAACAGCUGGUCUGCUGGUUCAGGAACAUCACACACGGCCAUAAACUAUAUUUUUAAUAUACAUAACAUUAGCUACCAGUCAUAAACUCUUUUCAAUGCAAAAGUGAAAAAAUAUAUAUAUGUAUAUAUAUAUAUACACGUGUGUGUAUAUAUAUAUACACACAUAUAUAAAACGGUGUAUAUUGUUCUGUUUGUCACUUUUUUUACUUGCUUUUAUAUAUCUUGUGUUAAGAUUGUGUCAGUUGGAAAUUUUGUUUUAGAUUUUUAGAAAUUUGUGAGUGAGGAGAUUACUGCAUUUCAUCAUUUCAUUUGAAUAUACCUGUAAUAUAUUGCUGACAUUGUUCACAUUAUCUAUAAAAAUACAUGCAUAUACAUACAUACAGUAUUAUUGUAGUUUUAUAGGCAAGAGCCUGAAAUCAUGAAGAAAUCAAAUUCACUGUUGUUUAUAAAAUCUCACUCCAUCUUGUUUGAGGAUGUUAACCUGCUUGGGAAUGCAUGAGGUCUCUUAAAUAAAGAAAACUUUUCAAAGUAAA